UAUCACAAAUGGAAUGUUUUCGACGGCAGCACACAAAACCUUUUGGAAAAAUUGAAAAAUAAAGUGGAAACUCUUGCAUUUAUUUUCCCAAAAUAGGUCAUCAUGGAUGUCAUUAUCGACUGGCAAGUUUCGCGGCACGAAAUUAAGGCACGAGGUCAAUACUUGCUCGAAACGGGAAAAUGGUCAGAUUGUCAUUUUUUGGUUGGGAACUCACAGACGUUACCGGGUCACAAGUUAAUUCUGGCAAUGGCAAGUCCCGUAUUCGAAGCGAUGUUUUUCGGUGGUUUGGCGGAGAAAAAUGAUCCAAUUCCGAUUUUGGACGUGCAACCAGAUGCAUUUAAGGCGUUGAUGGAGUACAUUUACACAGACAAAAUCAGCAUCAAUUCCGUGGACAAGGCGUGCGAGUUGUGUUACGCCGCGAAAAAGUACAUGUUGCCGCAUGUCGUGAGUGAGUGCACAAAGUUCCUUUGGGCCGACCUGUGUUCGAAGAAUGCGUGUCGCGCCUACGAGUUCGCCAAGCUAUUCGAAGAGCCAAAGUUGAUGGAAAAGUGCUUGCAAAUCAUGUGCACGAAAACGUGCGACGUCAUCCAAGAUGCCAGUUUCGAGGAAGUCGAACUCAGUACAAUUAUCACAAUUUUAGACCAGGAUGCAUUAAAUAUCGAGUCGGAGCUGGAUAUUUUCUUUGCCAUAAAUCGCUAUGCCGAAAAGCAUGGCUUGCUAAAUCAAUCGCCAUCGGGCAGUGACGAAGCUAGUUCAAGUGAAAAUGUCAAUAACGGCGAUCCGCAACCAGGUCCGUCGAAUCGUGAAGCUGCUGCUGCUGCCCCAGUUCCCGUCAAUAAUGCGCCACGUCAUCAGGACCCGCUCAGCAUCCGGGAUGCCGUGAAGCGAAUUCGUUUCCUUACGCUCACACCAAAACAAUUCGCCGAAGGUCCCGCCCGCACCGCAUUGCUCAGCCAGAACGAAGCAUUUGCCAUACUCAUGAACAUAUCGUCGCCAAAUUCGGGCCAUCCGAUGCCCGAAGGAUUUUCCACAAACAAAAAUCCCCGUUCCUACAACAUUGUACUUGACUCCCCCUCCCCCUCAGCGGGCACGAAUUACGUUCCUCUCCCCUCAAUUCUGAAUCCCGUGAUUGGGCGCGAGGAAUUACGCGACAAUGUCGAUCGCCUACCCGCAGAUCACAACAUCGGAGCGAUGCCAAUUGUCGCGCCACCCAAUAUCUACUUGGAUGAGCCGCUCGUGCGUUUCCAGUCCGAUCGAAAAAUGUACUGCGUUCGCGUAAGUGGCGCCCAAACGGAAAUUCUCAAUACGGCGGUGAUCGAUUCGUCCAUCACUUUUACCGUAGAUCGCUCAAUUUGCAUCACGGGUAUUCAGGUGCCGACGCAAAUUCGUCCGGCGAAUAGCAGUUCCCACAUGAAUUUCAUCCCGGAACGCACGGAUGGCUAUUCGGAGCUACUUUACGCGUGUCUCUUGGAUGCCGCGAGUGAUAGUCGGCUGACGUAUACGCACAGCACGCAACGCGUCACGUAUAACUCCGUGCUUGAAAUACUCUUUGAUCGGCCAGUUUAUGUGCAGCGGAAUAAGGUGUACAAGAUCAGUGUUUGCUUCAACAGGUCUGGAUGGUAUCCCUUCCCGAUUGAUCGACCAGCGAGACAAAUUUCCGUGGAUGGGGUUUUGUUUAGCUUUGAUUUGGGCACGUCGUCACGCGAUAGAGACGGACUCAUCAGAUCCAUUGUUUACACGUACAACAAUAACAUUCGCGAGAAUUGAUUGCAGCAGCAGGAGGGAGAAGAAAAUUCGUAGAGAGACUUUUAUUCAGAAUGCUAAACUUUCAAAAAAAAUAUAGUCAUAAAAGUUGUUUUGUUUUGUAUCUCAGUCAUAAAAAAAAAAUUCUUAAUUUUUGCUCUUUAGUUAUAAAUUACAUGAGAAUAGUUGUAAAUUGGAACGAGAAAUAAUCAAAUACUGAAUUAAUUCAAUAAAAACGAUAAAUUAUUAUGUGG